GUGUAUGUGUGUGUGUCACCACGUUUAUGACGUCCGAAUGUCCAAUAAUAUUGCAUUAUACUAUCUACCCGUCGUUAAAGAUUAAACUAUAUAAUAUAUUAUAAGUUUUAGAAAAAGCGAAAACCGACCGUAAUGACUCCCUAUGGCGAGGCUUGUAUCCUACUUAUUAUUUGAUAUUGUUAUUAUAUAUUAUAUUAUCACACUACCCUUUUCGUCCGACGCGUAUGGUGUGGUCAUCUACACACAUACGCACACACACACCAAAUAUACAGUCGUAUAAACAGAACAUCGACGGCUAAUGUACAGUUUAAAUUUCCGAUAAGAAGGUUCUCGAUAGCCAUGCUCCUCGCCACGGUCAGUCUGCAUUCAGUCUUCUGACGCGAAUACGGGCAGUGUACAGAUGUUUCGGACCCGUCGUCGUUGCGUUUUUGUUUUUCUCUCUGAUUCUGAUUUCUUUUAAUAUUUUCGCGUUUUCAAAUUUCGGUUUUAUUCGUUUUCAACGACAUCGCCGUCAUGGAAUCUAUGGGAUACGUGUAUAGAAACACAGAAACCAGACCGAACGGGCUUAGGUUAUAUGUAUGCGCCGUAAUUGGAUGUUAUGCUACCGCGAAACAGACCAUUAACGGCAACGUGACCUUGAUGAAGCCGCAUACCCAUCUGACGCCUAACCGGUGCGUUGAGGGUGACAACACAAACGCGUAUCUAAUCGAAACGCUAGCUUUUAAAGCUGCACUAAAAGCAAAGGUGAACAGCGGUUAUGGAAGAUUAAUUGACAUUUAUAGAUCGGAGGCUAUCAGGUAUCCGAUGGGUGCUGCCAAUUAUCCAUGGACUACAGCAUGUUCGCUAAUGACCCGAAUGAGGAGAACUGGUUUCCCGGCUCAACCAAAUACGUUAAUAGAACUUGAUAGCUUAUUCAGGAAUGGUUUACUAGAACGGUUUUGUGUCAACGGCCAUAACAUGUACAGAGGUUAUGUGGCAAGCGAAAAUGGAAAAGCACAUCUUGUUUUUGCGUGUCAUACAUUGGUCGAAUUAGUUUUGAGACUAAAUCCCACUAAUAUGUACGUCGAUCAAACAUUUAGGAUAGUUCCACCGAAUCCUAAAUUAGUACAAUUAAUAACCUUCCACUUCGAAAUUGAAAUUUGUAAUUUUCCCACCAUAUACUGUUUCAUGGAAGAUGAAAGUCCUUCGUCGUACCGUAGUCUUAUUUGUUUUAUUAAAGACAUGGUAUUACCGGGUUACUGUCCCCGUAAUAUUUUUUCGGAUAUCAAUUUUAAUUUAAUAUCUCCAUUAGGGUAUUAUUAUCCUACCGCAUAUCUUGAUUGUACUUGGUUUCAGCAUAAUCAGAAUCUCUAUGAACAAAUGAUCAAAUUUGGCUACUCAAAUCUAAUCAUGAACAGUGGAAUCGCAUUUAGGUGUUUAAAAAUGUUAAUGGUGCUACCAUUACUACCACCGAAUAAAAUAGAAGUGGGGUUUGAAGAAGUAAAAGCGUAUGCGUCGAGAAUGCAAGUGCAUAUGCCCAGAAUAUUUGACUAUUAUAAUUGGCAUUGGUUACAUCUAAUUGGAUCAAAUACUAUAUCUGUAUACUUAAAGCCAACAAGAACAAUCAACAAUAUUGAGGUAUUUCAUAAAAAGUUUAAUCGAACUUUUCGAAAUAUGCCAACAGUUUGGACGUUUCUGAGUGGUAUUUAUAAUCUUAAUAGCGCAUACGCCGCAGAAGCAGAUCGGCUGUGUUCGGGAGGUUUUCCGACUAAAAGUUUUAGAUGUCAGCUUUUAUACAACAAUUCUAAGAUAAAAACGCACACUCAACGACUGAUGACGGGCGAACUUCCAAUCAAAGAUUUUAUACUUUUAUGCUCGGAAGUUUUAAACGGUUAUGAAGAACAUUUGAGGUCAUGGACUAUUAAAAUGUCCAUGAAUAAUGCAUUUAAUAAUGCUGUGAACGGUGAAAGUUCUGAUUCUGAUGUUGAAGCGAACUAUGAUGACUUUGAAACAUCCGACAACGCUGUUCGUGGAAAUUUAGAACAAGUUCAACAACAACCACCACCACCAUCACCACCACCACAACAACAACAACAACAACAACAAUAUGAACAUCCGCAGCAACAACAGCAACAGCAACAAUAUGAAUCCGAAGACAUAGCUGACAUCAUGGACCAUGAAGUAGACUCACCAGCUUCGUCAGAAUCCAAUGAUCAGCCUUCACGAAUAUUUGGAUAUUGUAUGGUUUGUUUAACGACAAAACGUGAACGCAAGUAUUUAAUUUUACCUUGUGGACAUUCUUGGAUAUGCCAAAAGUGUCGGGACAAAGAUUUAACAACUUGCCCGUACUGCAGAGAGGACAUAAAAUGUUUUAUACGCGUUUUAGAAACAACCGUAUAACUACAAUACAUUGGCUACAAAGUACAUUUUUUUGAGAUACAAUCUCCCCGCAAAAUGUUUACUACUCCGGUCCUUUUCCAAUAUAAUGUUAUUUACACCUAUGUCGAUGGGCGUAAUAGUUGCAAUCACAACUCAUUAUGCAAUUUUGUCUCCAAAACGCAGUCUAGACAUUCUUGUCGGAGAUUGUAUUCUUUAUACACGGAUAUUUAAUACUACAAUGCUUAUUGGAAAAUGAGCUUACUAUUUCAUUUUAAAUAUAAAAAGUUAUAAAGGUAUAAAGUUACCUAUUCAUUUUUAAGAUUUUUGUUAUAAAACACUUUACUAUAUUUUUACGAUUUCAAAACGUGAUUUUUUUUUCUUUUUUAUAUUUUACUUAAGAAAUACUAAGACAAACAUUUGUUUAAAAAGCACCAAUUGAGUUUAUACUAAUUGACUGAUUAAAGUAACUCAAUAAUUAUGGCACAUUUUAUGUUUAGCCAUAAUAUAUUAAUAAUUAAUAAUGAACAAAAAAAAAAAAAAAUGUUACAAUAAUUUUUUACUUAUAAUAAUUGACUGAUAAAAGUGUCUCAAUAAUUGUUUUAAGUACCUAUAGCUAUAAUAAGAAGACAAAAAAAAAAAUGUUAAUAUUAAAUAAGUACAAAACGUUUAUCUUAGAUUAAAUAAAUUAUAAUGCUCAUUAAAUAGUUAUAAUAAAUGGUUUAUAUAAAUUGCCUUUUGUAUAUUACUUUUGUUAAGCCAUUAAAGUAAAAGUAGAUCAUUUGUAUGGUCAAUAUUAAUUAAUAUCUGAAAAAAGUGCUUUGUUUUAUGAUACCGAAGGACAUUUUUAGGGGCUCAACAAGUAUAAGAUAUAUAUUUAUUAUAUAACAAUUAUCAUCAGUUAGUAAAUAAAUGAUUUUGUAUUAAACUGAUGAUGAAAAUAAUCAAAUAAAAAUAAAUAUAGAGUUUAAAAUGUUUAUAAUAAAAUAAAAAAUUAAGUGCAUGGCAAUGUAAAUUAUGUAAUAAAUAAUAAAUAUAUGAGAAUAUAUCCCUAAUUUAUUGUCAACAAUCG